UUUUAAUCAAAGCUAAUGGGUUGUAGGUUGGGUUACUUGCUCAUUAAUUAGAUUACCACGUGGUUCUGACAGAAAGACAAGAUGGGUUCUGAGGAUAAACAAAAUCUCUCCACUUGUACUGCUCUUGUUCCUAUAGAAUACUCAGGAGCCUCGCUACUGAGGAGGCCACGCCCCCAGUCAGUGUGUCCCAGUGUUGUCAGCAGUGCUAGUGGUGAUUCAUCAGAGAGAGAGAGUGAGACUGAAGAGGAUGAUUUCAAUCAUCUGCUGUUGGAUCCAACACAGUGGAAGGACCAAGACCAUUACGCUGUACUAGGACUAAGCCGGCUGAGAUACAAGGCAUCUCCGCAGCAGAUCAGGAAAGCAUAUAGACAAAGAGUGCUGACUCAUCAUCCUGACAAACAGACUGAGGAACAGAAGGAAGGCGGAGACGACUUCUUCAAAUGCAUCAAGAUAGCUUAUGACCUCCUCGCUGACCCCAAACGUCGCCGCUCUUACGACAGUGUGGAUCCUACAUUUGAUGAUGUCAUUCCCUCUCAGUCAGCCAGCUCACGGGAGAACUUCUUCUCAUCGUUUGCUGCCGUGUUUGCGGAGAACUGUCGCUGGUCAGUGCAGCAACCAGUGCCCUUGCUGGGUCAUGAUGACUCUACUAUAGAGGAGGUGGAGGCUUUCUACCACUUCUGGUACAAUUUUGAGUCAUGGAGAGAGUUCUCUUACCUUGAUGAGGAGGAGAAGGAGAAGGCAGAAUGCCGAGAAGAAAGGAAAUGGCUAGAAAAACAGAACAAAAUCGCGAGACAGAAGCGUAAGAAGGAAGAGGUGACACGCAUACGGACCCUAGUAGAUAAUGCAUACAGCUGUGACCCUCGUAUCAAGCGCUUCAAGGAGGCAGAGAAAGCAGAGAAGGUAGCAAAGAAGAAAGCAAAAGAAGAGGCAAUUCGGUUAGAAGCAAUGGAGAAGGAAAAGGCGGAAAAAGAUAGACGAGAAAAAGAGAGGAUAGAAAAAGAAAAGAAAGAAGCCGAGCUGAAAGCACAGGCAGCUAUCGCCAAAAAGGAGAAAGACGCUUUCAAGAAAGCAAUGAGAAAGGAAAGAAAAGCAUUGAAAACCACCAUUAAAGGACAUGAAUACUUCACGAGUGAUGAGUCAGUGGUGGUUGCUAGGAUGCAGGAUCUGGACAGACUGUGCGAGCAGCUCUCUCUGGAGCAGCUGCAACAAGUCAAUGAGAGGCUCUCUGGGCAGUCACAUGACCACGCUCAGGCACUCUUUGAACAAGAGGUGAGAGACUUGGCCAGCAGACAUAAGACAGAGAGAGAAGCUUCAAUGGCUGCGACUAAAGCAUCCUCUGCCCAACCAUCAGCUACUGCCAGUGCGGGGCCUACCUCUAACUGGAGCCCUGAGGAGGUUCAACUCUUGGUAAAGGCUGUCAACAUUUACCCAGCUGGCACAGUGAAACGGUGGGACACCAUAGCAACCUAUGUCAACACUCACUCAUCAAGCACAUGCAAGAACAAGACUGCGAAACACGUCAUUCCUCAAGUAAAGAGUAUGCAGAAGUUGGAUACCACCGAUAAAGAAGUACAGAAUAAACUGGCAUUCUCCACGUUUGAGCAAAAACAGAAAACAAAGGGCAAGGCUAAAGCGGCAGGGGCAGAGUCCGUGCCCACUGAGAGAUACGAUGGACCUCAACCGUGGACACCAGAGGAACAGAAGCUGCUGGAGCAGGGCCUGAGGGCACAUCCUGGCAGCCAGGCUGACCGCUGGGACCGGAUAGCAGAGCUUGUGGGGACCAAGACAAAGGCAGAGUGUGUUACCAGGUUUAAGGAACUGGUGGCUAAAAUCAAGGCCAAAAAGACUCAAACUUCAUAGUUAGUUGCCAUAGUUACAUGAUAUAAUUAUAGAGCCAGCAAGAGACUGAAACUGUUUUAUCUCUCUUAAUAGUGUCAAUGCAAUCAUGCGUUGUGUAUUUAAUAAUGGUCAACUUUUAUACGACUGAGAUAUAAAUGUUAUAAUAAUAUUUACAUUGAAAAUGAAA